AUGAUUCACCACAACUGGUGCCCCACCCCACCGUUGGGCCAGUGGUGUUACCCUGAGACUAGACCAGUUUCAGACAAAUUAACGGUGGUCCAGUCUAAGAAGGACCAGUCUGAGAAGGACCAGUUAAAGAAAGACCAGUUAAAGAAAGACCAGUUAAAGAAGGACCAGUCUAAGAAGGACCAGUUAAAGAAGGUCCAGCUAAAGAAGGUCCAGUCUGAGAAGGACCAGUCUAAGAAGGUCCAGUCUAAGAAGGACCAGUUAAAGAAGGACCAGUCUAAGAAGGACCAGUUAAAGAAGGUCCAGCUAAAGAAGGUCCAGUCUAAGAAGGACCAGUUAAAGAAGGACCAGUCUAAGAAGGACCAGUUAAAGAAAGACCAGUUAAAGAAGGACCAGUCUAAGAAGGACCAGUCAAAGAAGGACCAGUCUAAGAAGGUCCAGUCUAAGAAGGUCCAGUCUAAGAAGGUCCAGUCUAAGAAGUACCAGUCUAAGAGGGACCAGUUAAAGAAGGACCAGUCUAAGAAGGACCAGUCUGAGAAGGUCCAGUCAAAGAAGGACCAGUCAAAGAAGGUCCAGUCUAAGAAGGACCAGUCUGAGAAGGUCCAGUCUGAGAAGGUCCAGUCUGAGAAGGACCAGUUAAAUAAGGUCCAGUCUAAGAAGGACCAGUUAAAGAAGGACCAGUCUGAGAAGGUCCAGUCUGAGAAGGUCCAGUCUGAGAAGGUCCAGUCUGAGAAGGUCCAGUCUAAGAAGGUCCAGUCUAAGAAGGACCAGUUAAAGAAGGACCAGUCUAAGAAGGUCCAGUCUAAGAAGUACCAGUCUAAGAGGGACCAGUUAAAGAAGGUCCAGUCUGAGAAGGUCCAGUCAAAGAAGGUCCAGUCUGAGAAGGUCCAGUCAAAGAAGGUCCAGUCUAAGAGGGACCAGUCUAAGAAGGUCCAGUCUGAGAAGGUCCAGUCUGAGAAGGUCCAGUCUAAGAAGGACCAGUCAAUGAAGGUCCAGUCUAAGAAGGACCAGUCUAAGAGGGGCCAGUUAAAGAAGGACCAGUCUGAGAAGGUCCAGUCUGAGAAGGUCCAGUCUAAGAAGGACCAGUUAAAGAAGGACCAGUCUAAGAAGGACCAGUUAAAGAAGGUCCAGUCUGAGAAGGACCAGUUAAAGAAGGUCCAGUUUGAGGACCAGUCAAAGAAGGUCCAGUCUAAGAAGGACCAGUCUGAGAAGGUCCAGUCUAAGAAGGUCCAGUCUGAGAAGGUCCAGUCUGAGAAGGUCCAGUCUGAGAAGGACCAGUUAAAGAAGGUCCAGUCUAAGAAGGACCAGUUAAAGAAGGUCCAGUCUGAGAAGGUCCAGUCUGAGAAGGUCCAGUCUAAGAAGGACCAGUAAAGAAGGUCCAGUCUGAGAAGGACCAGUCUAAGAAGGACCAGUCUAAGAAGGACCAGUUAAAGA